UGGCGCUGACCUCGCCGGUGUUGUGUUAUAGUUCGUUUGGGCAGCUCUCUGCCACUGCGUCAUUUUUGUGCGCUAACAGCUAACGUAAAUUAGCCAGGCCACAGACGUGUACACGAGCCAGACCGCCUCGCUGGCCUCCGGUGGUGGGUCCCGAGCCCGGUGAGCCGGGGCUGGUGUCGGAGCGGUGACGCUGCAGCUUAUGGUACCGCCGGUGUGCUGGAAAGGACACGUUUCAUCACAGGUUUCCCCCGAAUCAAAGCAAGCGAUGGCAAACAGAAUCUGGAUAAAACACCAUGGAAGUGUAUGAGCAAGACUUCAAAUCUGAGCCAAACUUCCUGCCAAGGUUUCUAGAGAACCUGUGAGUCUACAUGCCCAGGUAGACGGCUGGUUGUUGCUGGUGAACUUCACAGAAAUUUACCCAUCGAAAGCUCCAGUCCUGUCAGGCUCUUGAUCUAGCCAGGUGUCGGACUCUUCAUGAGAACAUGUGUGAUCCGGAUAACCUCGUUUCCAGCAACAAGCUAUCCAAAAGUGAUGCUGUUGCUCAACUGAAUGACCUCUUACUGCCUGAUUCUGACUCUGAGGAAGAACCAACUAGCGUGUCAUUUGACCCCAAAGUAACAUGCUUAUCUUCUUCGGAAGAUGAUGAUGAUGAUGAAUCAGACCAUGAUGACCACAGCAAGGUCCAGGACAGCAAGGCUCCAGAAGGAUCUCUGCUCGAUCAUGCUUUUAAACAGAGUGCUGCUCCUAAGAAGCAACAGAGUCCCUUUAGUCUGAAGGGAGGUAGCUCCGGCUUCUCAAGCCGCAGUCGCAGUAUCUUUGAUUGUCUGGAUAGUGCUGCAAAGCUGACCUCAUCACAGCUGGGCCAGGACAAUGUUAUAGAUGGGGUGUUUGUUCGGCCUCUACAUCCACCUCCUCUCACCAACAGCAAGAAAGAUGCAAAGUGUACAGACCAGCCACCUCUGUGGCGCGAUGGGGGAGGAACUGGGGAAGUGGAAGGGAAAAGAGGCGUACCAGACUACUUGCUGCACCCCGAACGCUGGACUUGCUACAGCCUGGAAAAUGUUCCUGAGACCAGCGACAGGCAGAACCGCAUGGUGGCCCAGCAGUACCUCCAUAGCCUGCAGCAGAGGACGGAGCAGAAGAUCGGCCAACAAGAGGACUUCACUCCAGAAUUCAACCAGGGUCAAAACACCAGUGGCUGUAACAGCUCCCACAAUAAAAUAAUCUUCUCCAAACCCUCCCGCACUGCAAAGGAACAAGCAGAUACCAUGAUAAAUAUUACAGGAGGAAGGGUGAAGGUUGAAGAUAUGGGGAAGGAGGGAAUGAGGGCCACAGCCAAGGUGAUGGAUCACAUCAAAGAACCAGCCAUUGAAAAGGAAAGAGAGAGAGGGAAAGGCAUGAGUCAUUUAGAUCAGGAAGAGGAUGAGGAAGAGGAAAUUAGUGCAGGAAACAGACCUUCACUCAAUGAAGAAAGGAACAGGAAGCGGGCACUGUUAGAAGGAGGUUCUGAUGAGCAGGAUGCCAGGAGGAAAGAAGCCAAACCUGGCUUUGUCUCCUUUAGGAAACUUAAACACAAAAACUACAGGAAGACCUCCAAACAGGAUGAGGACUGAGGGGAAGGCAGGUUUAGGAAUCAGUUUUCUGGGCGUCCGGGUAGCGUGGCGGUCUAUUCUGUUGCCUACCAACACGGGGGUUGCUGGUUCGAAUCCCCUUGUUACCUCUGGCUUGGUCGGGUGUCCCUACAGACACAAUUGGCCGUGUCUGCGGGUGGGAAGCCGGAUGUGGGUAUGUGUCCUGGUUGCUGCACUAGCGCCUCCUCUGGUCAGUCGGGGCGCCUGUUCAGGGGGGAGGGGAACUUUUUUGGGGGGGAUAGUGUGAUCCUCCCACGCGCGUGCCCCUGGUGAAACUCCUCACUGUCAGGUGAAAAGAAGCGGCUGGUGACUCCACAUGUAUGGGAGGAGGCACGUGGUAGUCUGCAGCCCUCCCCGGAUCAGCAGAGGGGGUGGAGCAACGACUGGGACGGCUCGGAAGAGUGGGGUAAUUGGCCAAGUACAAUUUGGGAGAAAAAGGGGGGGGAAUCCCAACACCCCUCCCAAAAAAAAAAACCAAUGUGGUGUUAAAAAUAAAAUCAAAGACAUUGUAUCUAAAAGAAUUUUUAAAAAAGGAAUCAGUUUUCUGGAGUUUCAUUAACCAGUCAGUGAAUUUCGAUUGUGAUGCUGCUUGAUCCACACAGACUCUGGAUCCACACAGACUCUUGAGCCACACAGACUUGAUCCACACAGACUCUGGAUCCACACAGACUCUUGAUCCACACAGACUCUGGAUCCACACAGACUCUUGAUCCACACGGACUCUGGAUCCACACUGACUGGAUCCACACAGACUCUUGAUCCACACAGACUCUUGAUCCACACAGACUCUGGAUUCACACAGAAUCUCUAAGUCCAUAUGGAGGAAUACAAGUGACUUUCUGGGAUCAACUUCCACUGCACAUGUACAUGUGUGUGCCUGGCUCAGUAACUCCUCCCUCUCCACCGCCAGCUGAUGUGUGGUGAGCGUUCUGCUGCAACAUGGCUGCCGUGCAUCACCCAAUUGGUGCUACACCCCCCUUCACUCGUAAGUGCUUGAGGUGUGGAGAUGAAGCGCUGUUGAAAUGUUGUGCGUUAGUGUGAGUCGUUAUGUAGGUAGCAAGUGGAGCAUUUUGAGUUCAAAAAACUAUUUUAACAGGAUUUUUUGUUCUUUUCAACAUUUUCUUUACAAACAUAAGAUUUAGUCCAUGAUGAUUAAGAGCCUCUGAUUAAACACGUUUAACA